UGCCCACGUCUGGAUGCCUCGAUAUGAUAUAAUUUGUUUGAAAAUAUAAUAUUAUUGAUAUUAUCAGCUGUCACGCUUCUCCCACUGUGGCGGGCAAGGACGGGCUAUGGAACCGCCGACUUGCCGAUUUGGCGACCAGGGAUUAGGUAGAUGGUUGGACUGGGCUCUUUUGCUGUCAUAUUGUCCUGUCAUAUUGUCGUGUUUGUGAUGGGUAUAUAUAAAAUCGAGGGAUGCUGGCUGUUGUUUUGUCUCGUAUGUGAUGUGAUACUGUAGAAGAACUCCGUACAUCUAUAUCUCACUCACCUUACCUUAUCUCAAUCAAAGAGCUUUUUACCUAUACCGCCCAAUCUACAAAUUUACCUUAUAUAAAAAUAUAUAUAUAUAUAAAAAAACACCACAAAACACCCCAAAAAUGGCCACCACCACCCUCCCAACCACAAUUCGCUCCCUCCACCAACCCGACCCCCUCAAGCCCGAAAUAACCCUAAAAAGCACCCCACCGCCAACCCUCACCCCCUCCUCCCCAACCGAUCACCUCAUCCGCGUCCACGCCACCUCCCCCUGCGCCGGCGAACUAACCUGGCCCGCCUGGAACCCCGAUCUCUUCUCCGCAGAAAUCGUCCCCUGCUACGACCUCUCCGGCACCGUCGUGCAGGCGCCGCCCAACUCCCCUUUCCCCCCCGGUACGCCCGUCUGGGGCCGCACGAACGUCAAGAGGCCCGGUAAUGCGCGCGAGUAUACCAUUGCGCCAACGGAGGAGUUAGCGCGGCGGCCCGCGGUUGUGGAUGAGAUUACCGCUGCGAGCGUGCCGUUGAGCGCGGAGACGGCGGUGCAAGCGCUGUUUACGCGCGGGGGGUUGAGUGGGUUGGGGGAGGGGGAGGGCGGGAGGGAGAGGAAUAAGGGGAAGAAAGUGUUGGUCACGGCUGCGUCGGGUGGGGUUGGGGUGUGGCUGUUGCAGUUGGCGAGGGAGGCGGGGGUAGGUGGGAUUGUGGCGGUGUGUGGGAGUGGGAACGUGGAGAUGGUGAAGGAGUUGGGGGCGACGGAGGUUAUUGAUUAUACGAAGAUGAGUGUUAAGGAUUGGGCGGAGAGGGAGGGGGAGGGCGGGAAAGUGAAUUUGGUGAUUGAUUGUAAAGGUGGGAAGUCGCUGGGACAGUGUUGGAGUGCUGUGAAGGACGGUGGGGCGAUUAUUUCAAUUUGUGAGCCACCUGAGGGGCAGAAGCCGGAGGGGUGUGCGGCGAACGAUGUUAGGAAUGAGUUUUUCAUUAUGGAGCCCAGGGGGGAUGAUUUGUUGGAGGUUGGGAGGCUGUUUGAGGAGGGGAAGGUGAAGGCUGUGGUUGACAGUGUUUGGAAGCUGGAGGAAUAUAAACAGGCGUUUGAGAAGUUGGAUCAGGGGCAUUCGAAGGGGAAAAUCCUUCUCACACUGUGAUGUUGCGAUGGGAUUGUCGGAUCGCUUUUGUUCGAAAUUCGUACUAACACUGCAUGUUCUUUUCUCAGCCAAGCUUGCAUGUAUGCAUCUCAAAUUGCACCCCCUCCCCAAAUUCGGGAAUUGAUGAAAUUGAACAUGUUGAACAAUUAUGCCUUCGUAAUGUUGGAUGUGAACCGGGGUUUAACUGGCCUGUGAUGACGAAUAUAGGAAUUCCUGCAUGAUCCGCAUUUUCUACUCAAAGACAUCCCAUUCCCAAAUUCUGUAGAUAGAGAGGGGAAAAAGGAUAACCACAAGGGUUCGAGAACACCAAGGACUCUCGCCACACAAGGCCAAGGAUGCACGCGUCCCCGUGAGGCUGUGCAAUUCACACCCAAAUUCUCAUCGCGGCGAGGCGCUAUUGGGUAGUUAUUGGAAAAUAAAGUGCAUGCAGCUAGUUAAGCUGGAUCAUCCUCUGCUCCCUCCGCCGUCCUCCGCCGUCCCCCCCCCGCAGCAUGAAAACAACCGGGGACAAGAACAAGCUGGCGAACCAUCCGUCGUCACUGGCUGGCUGACUGACCCAUUAAUGAAUUGUUCGUUCGGGGUGCAGAAGUUUCGCAAAGGUGAGAAUGCGCCGCGAAAACGGUCUCGAAAAAUCGAAAACUCGAACACAUCUCAGAAGAUUUAUUAUACUCCGGAUGAGGUCAUCUGAUUCUCCAAAGGUUCGGAGGCCGCGAGUUCCCAUGUAAACUAAUCUGUACUCAUUCCCCCUCCCUUGGCGCCGUUCCGCCGUUCCAGUUGGAUGGAGUGACGUCGAGUUCCCAGACUGAUCGAACUUGACGCGUCAACAUCUUGCUUCCGUCACCACCGACACUCUCCAACUCAGCGGGGCAGCACGUCCGCGGGGGGGGUUUGGGUUGGUUGAUUGGUUGGUUUGUUGGUCUGUUCCCGAGGUUCGAUUGUCCUUUUCUUUUUGGAGCCAUUCGAGGGAAGGGGAGAUAUGUUGUCCAAGAGUCGUAUUUUGGGACUGCAUGCUGGAAACUGCACUUCCUCGUGUAAGGGUUGUCUAUCCCCGCGGACUAAAUACAUAUAAAUAUAUAGUUAUAUGUAGUUAUAUAUAUGUAUAUUUCUCUUCUAGAUCAUCCAGAUGUCGCACGAAAGGGGGGGAAUCCACGCGACUAUAACUGGCGCUGAGUCGGGUUGGAAGAAGACGAUAUUAAUUCAAUGUGCACGCCAGUAGCUAGCUAGCUUAGCUAUCAUUCGAACGGUUAACUAGUUAGUUGUCAGGAGGAGGUCGAGAUAACCAGAACCACAAGUCCAAAGCAACUGUGUUGACGAGGUUUCCAACUGCUAUCAAUCCAUCCAUGGAUGCUGCUGGUGUCUGACUGUAUGUGGAGUUGGGUUGGGUUGGUGAGGACUGUCCGGGAAGAACGGAGUAAGGUAACCUAGGAACAUCUCCUCUGGCUUUGGCUGGAUAUUAAAAAAAAAAAAUGAAGCGGUGGUGGGCGGCGUACAGAAUUCGAGGCGAGGAAAAGAGUGUGCUGGGGACACAUUUGGAGGAAUUUGAUUUGAAUAUUAUUAUUACAGGAACGAGCAGCGCGCGGUUAGUUACACCACACCACCCACACCAGACACCACCUGGGUCCGCAUAUUAUUAAAUAUUCGAGAGAUAAUUUAGGUACAGAUUAUAGUAUCUAGUGAACCUUGAGAUGUACAUGUACAUACAUACAUACAUACAUACAUAUA